CCACUACUUCUUCUAGUUGUCCUGAUACGAGGAUAUCAUAAAAUAAGGGAACUCGAUCCUAGAGAUUUCCGCACCGCACCCGACCCAUGGAGAUUUCUGUUGGAGCUCAACAUUGAAUUGACGUGAUCUAACCUUGAACCGUACAAAUACAAUCACAAGUUUAACGUCGUCGUCGCGGUUCUUCUUUUCCAGAUAAAGCAACUAACAUAAUCGUUGUUCCAUCUUCCCAUUGAAUCCGAGUAAACUUGUUUUCUCACAGCAUGUCACUUCUUGUAACCAGCGACACUACCACACUGAGUUACUGGUUAAAUUGGAGAGUCUUUCUUUGUUCAGUAUGGGUCUUGGCGCCAAUACCCUUUGCUGUUUAUAUAUUAUGGAAAUAUGAAUGUCCAGACAACUCAAAAUCUGUCAAAAAUUGUCAUAAGGAACAUGAACGGAUAUUUUGGCAUGGAGAUGAAACCUGGAAGCCAUGCUUGAAACAAAUUCAUCCUCUAUGGUUGUUGGCUUUCCGACUUGUUGGAUUCUUUAUUCUUUCAGCGACACUUAUAGCUGAUCUAGUGGUCCAUGGAUUUGAUAUUCUACUUUAUUAUACUCAGUGGACUUUCGUUUUGGUAACCAUCUAUUUUGGGAUUGGAUCAAUUAUCUCCAUCUGUGGCUGUUAUCCACACUGCAAGAUUGCUACUGCACUCAAUGCUCAUCAUGCACAAAUGGAUACAGAGAAUGGAUUAUUCAUACCUCUCUCAUUUGAUGGUGCAUCACUUGAAGUUAGGAGGAAUGAGAAAAGCUCGAUAUAUGAUUUAGGGAAACUUGAGUUUGCAAAUUCAAGGCUGAGCCAAAUAUUUCAGGUUAUUUUCCAGAUGAGUGCUGGGGCAGUUAUGCUUACUGAUUGUGUUUAUUGGUUCAUAAUAUUUCCAUUCCUUACCCUCAAAGACUACGAUAUGAAUGUUUUAACAGUUUUAACACACUCAAUUAAUUUGGUUGUCCUUCUUGGUGAUACAGCUUUAAAUAGCUUGCGGUUCCCUUGGUUUCGGAUAAGCUAUUUCAUUAUGUUUACGGGUGUAUACGUCAUCUUUCAGUGGAUUAUUCAUGCGAGUCUCUCACUCUGGUGGCCUUACCCAUUUCUGGACUUAUCAGCAACCUUUGCUCCAGUGUGGUACUUGUCUGUGGCCUUGAUGCAUCUUCCAUGUUAUGCCCUAUAUGCAUUAAUCAUGGGACUGAAACGUUACAUUUUGUAUAGAUGGUUCCUUCAAUAAUCCAGAUAAGUAAUUGUCUUAGCCAACAGUAGAGAUGUAUAUUUCCUUUCCUUCAAAGCUUGCCCAAUCAAUCAAUGAGAAAAAGUUAUCUUUCAUUGACAAAGUAACUAGGAUGUUGUUGAUCUCAAAUGUAUGGCAACAGAGAUUUGAGUUCCUUAGUGGUUUACUUAUUGAAAUUUUGCUCUCUUCUAAUUCUUAUAUUUUAAAGUUACCACAUGCGAAAGAAUAAUUAUUUUUGUGUGUU